UUAUAUUUGACUUGCCUGAACACACGGUUUUGUUGGCUUUAUCUUAAGUUGUGCAAAGGAUUUUCUCACCAGAAUCAGAGAAAACAAGGAGUUAGGAGUUGGAAGGUUUCAGAUCGAUUCUUUAGUGCAAAUCGACGUGAAAUUAUAGACAAUGACUCAGUUUAACAAGGGCCCUGCAUAUGGUUUAUCUGCUGAAGUGAGAAGUAAGAUCGCUCAGAAGUAUGACCUGCAGAAGGAAGAGGAGUUAAGAUACUGGAUCGAGGAUGUAACUGGCAUGCCAAUCGGCGAAAACUUCCAAAUGGGUUUGAAGGAUGGUGUCAUACUUUGCGAGCUAAUAAAUAAACUCCAGCCAGGCUCUGUUAAGAAAAUCAACAACUCCAAACUUAAUUGGCACAAGCUUGAGAACUUGGGCAACUUCAUCAAAGCCAUUCUUGUGUAUGGCCUGAAGCCUAAUGACAUCUUUGAGGCUAAUGAUCUGUUUGAGAAUGGCAACAUGACUCAAGUCCAGACCACACUCCUCGCCCUGGCCAGCAUGGCAAAAACCAAAGGUAUGGAUACAAAGGUGGACAUUGGUGUGAAGUAUGCAGACAAGCAAACCCGUAACUUUGAUAAUGAGAAAAUGAAGGCUGGUCAGUGUGUGAUUGGACUGCAGAUGGGUACAAAUAAGUGUGCUAGUCAGGCUGGGAUGACCUCUUAUGGCACCAGGAGACACUUGUAUGACCCAAAGACUCAAACAGACAAACCAUUUGACCAAACCACAAUCAGCUUGCAGAUGGGUACUAAUAAAGGAGCAAGCCAGGCUGGCAUGGCGGCCCCCGGCACCAGGAGGGAUAUUUUUGACCAGAAAGUGGCUAUCCAGCCUCUGGACAACUCUACAAUCUCACUGCAGAUGGGCACCAACAAGGUGGCCUCUCAAAAGGGCAUGAGCGUGUACGGGCUUGGCAGGCAAGUGUAUGACCCCAAAUACUGCGCCUCCCCCACUGAACCAAUCAUCCACAGCAAUGGCAGCCAGGGCACCGGCACCAACGGCUCGGAGAUCAGCGAAAGCGACUACCAGGCGGAAUACCAAGGUGAUUAUCAUGAUGAAUACCAGGCAGACUACCACGAUCAGUACAGAGCCCAGUAUGACCACGGCAUUGACUAUUAAACUGCUGGGUCAAGCGUACAGCAGAGAUAAAUAUUUUUGGAUCCUUGCAUCAACAGAGUGAGGCAUUGUUUUUUUUCCCUCGCUGGCCUUUUUUUUAAAAAAAAAAAGUAUUUUUUAAGACAAAACAAAAUGAUGUUAAAAGAAGAGUCUUUCCUGUAUCAUAAUUCCUCUAUUGAUUAUACAGUAUUUUAUUUGACAACAGACUGUAGAGUUUUUUUUUGUUUUUUUUUGUUUUUUUAAACGAUUGUUUUUAAAAGUUGAGAUGGGUAAGAGGAGCAGUAUUAUUAUUCAUCAAGUCAAUCAUGGCACCUUAAAGUAAUGGUUCACCCAAAAAUGUUUGUUUUGUCAUCAUUUACUCACCUCAUGAUGUUCCAAAGCUGUAUGACUUUGUUUUCUGUGGAACACAAAGAUGAUGAAUGUUAGCCUCGGUCACCAUUCACUUUUAUUGUUUUGGGAAAAGAUGCAAUGAAAGAGAAUGGUGACUGAGGCUAACAUUCUGCCUAAAAUAUCUAAUUUUGUGUUUAGUUGAUAAAAUCGAAAGACAUACAGUACUGGAACAAUAUGAGGGUGAGUACAUGUUGAAAGCAAUAUCAUUUUUGGGUGAUCUCUUUAACCACAAUCUGCUUACAUACUUUUUCAGUGACUCGCUAAAUUUAAACUGGUUUUGUACGUAGCAUCUAAAUCAAGUGUAAAGGAUGUGUUUCAGCAUGGGAAAUGCUUUUAGCAUUUCAUGUAUGCAGAAUUAAGUUCCAACACUAACUACAGUGUGUUGUAGGAAGCAAGAAGACAUCCAAAAAGAUUGUGUGCUUUUGAAGCAUUGUGGCUUUUUGAAAAGUAUUUAUAUAUAUAUAUAUAUGUAAUUCUUCUUUUUACUUCCUGCCUAUAAAUCAUGACCAAGCAAUGUAUUCCUAAAUUGUGCCAUAGGUGCUUUGUAAAUGUUUAGACCACCUAUUUCCUAUCACCUUGUUCCCUGCUCCCUCUUUUCCCAUCAUCUUGUAUUUAUUGCCAAUAAUACUCAAGAGACCCCAGUCCUGUUGAAUGGCUCUUUUUUUAUUUUUAUUUUUUAUUUUUUUUAUGAAUAACUUUUUUAAUUUUCCAAUCAAGUCUGUUGUUAUUCUGGUUGAGUGAAGAAGCGGUUCAGAUUUUAAAGGGUUAGUACACCCAAAAAUAUAAUUCUGUAUUCAUUUACUCACCCUCAUGUCAUUCCAAACCCAUAUGACUUAUUUUUAGGUGGAACACAAAAGGAUAUAUUCUAAAGAAUUCUGUGAACACUGGUUUUCUUACAGUAGCAGUUGAUGUUGACUCAUUUUAAAGCUUAAAAAGCACCCCAAAGUGUCAAUGUAGUCCAUGCGGCUAGUGCGUCAUAUUCCGUUUUCUGAAGGCAUAGGAUAUUUUCAGGUGAAAAACAAAACUGAAAUGUAAAAACCGAAUGAAAUUUCAAACUGAUCAUUCUUUAAAAUUCCUGUGUUCCUACAGAAGAAAGUUUAAUGUGUUUGGAAAGACAUGAGGGUGAGUAAAUUCUGAAAAAAAUCUUUUUUUUUUUUCUUUUUUUAAUGAAGUAUUCCAUUUAAAGCAUCAGUAGGUUGUAUCUUAGUAAUUACUUGAUCUUAGGAUUUCCACUGAUCAGAGAAUGAUCUCUGAGAUAGUUUCUGAUUAAAGCACCACCAGUGUAAUCUUUAUAUCCUGGCUGAACCAUCCCGGAAAUGAUGGGCCCUUGCGUUUGGACAAAGGGGCAUGAGUGAGUCUGAAUGCUGCCUUUGUAAGUAUGGAGGGUGAAACCAAAAACUACAGAGUGAAAACAUCCCAGUCUUGCUGAUCUCAGAGCUGAAAGACAAGGACUAGCCAGUCUAAAGGUUUGGUGAGAAAAGCGUUAUGUCUCUGAGUGAAACCUCCACCUCUUCCCGCAAACACACUGACGGGGAAUAAUCCCUGCUUUGUGUGCCUGUGGAAUUUGGCUCUGAUAAUGCAGCACUCAAUUAGACAGUCUUAGAGAACAGUGCAGGUCUCCCCUAGCAACGUUCCCUUUGUAUCAAGUGUGACUCCAUAAACAGCUUGAACUCUUAUUCCUGUUUUGGGAAGAGCUUCAUUAAUUUUUUCCAAGUGCUUGACGUAGAGAUUUUCCAUAAAGACGUACUGAAAAGGUGCAAUUGCAGUGCAAGGUAGCACUGUAUUGAUAUUUCUCAAUUGAUUUUUAUCUUGUUCUCCACAAUUUUAUGCAAUUAAUUUAGCUUGAGAAGCCACAGAUAUAAUUCAGACUUUUUAAAAAAAGACAAUUUAAGCCUUUAUGUUAUUUUGGCUUUUAUAAACUGUUUUUCAAGAAAUGUAAGAUAACAUUUUGAAAAUCAAACCCAUUGACUGUUUGAAUGUUUGCCAUGCUAAAUUUAUCCAAGAGUGAUACCAUGAUUUUUGUGUGUAAUAAAAUUGAAGUUGUGUACUGUGCACUUCAUUUACAAAGAAUUAAAGCCUAAAAUUACUUAAAUGUUAA